AUGCUUCCAUUCGAGCUCAUCAUGAAAUCCUUACUCGUCUCCCACUCACCACCCUCCUCCGAUUCUGUUCCGUUUGCAAGUCAUGGAAUUCCCUCAUCACCGAUCCCUCUUUCGCCCUCGACCAUCUCCAUGCAACCUCCUUCCACCGCCUCAUCUUCACGCGUCUCGCUGAUCCUUAUUUCACCGAUUACUCUCUCUCCUCUGCCUUCACCUCCACCUCCGCCACCAAAGUUCAGAAACUUGCCGUCAUUGGAAGAUCAACGCUUCUCCGUCGUUAUCUCAGGGUUCGGCUACGAUCACGUGACUCACAGUUACAAGAUGGUGGUUGUUCUUUACAUUAAGAAUCAUGAAUUCGACUCUAGGGUUCAUACUUUGGGAUCUGAUUCAUGGAGAAGGAUUCAGCACUUUCCUCUCAGCAGCACUGCGUGUUGUCAUGGAAGAUUCGUGAGCGGCAUGCUUAAUUGCCAUUUCACUGAUGUUUUGAUCAUGAAGGAUUAUGGAAUUGCAGAGUCUUGGACUAAGCUGUUGUGUGUGCCUGAUUUAAUAUAUUAUCCUGAAUUCCUUGGAUUCGAUUUCAAUGUUCCGCGCGCUACGAGGGCGAUUUGUAUUUCCGACAAAAAUGAUGAGAUAUUAUUGGAGUUGUGGUUGGACAUGGAGCAGAAGUUUAUUGUCUACAAUUUCAGUGAUGACAGUUUUAGGCCUGCUGGCAUCGAGAAAUUCGGCGGCCGUGUAACUUCGGAGGUAUAUGUUGAGAGUUUGAUAUCGCCUUGUUUAUUAUGA